CGGAUAUAAUGAAUGCAGGGUCCGGGGAGACCAGAUAUAGUGAAUGCAGGGUCCGGGGAGACCAGAUAUAGGAGACCAGAUAUAGUGAAUGCAGGGUGCGGGGAGACCGGAUAUAGUGAAUGCGGGGGUCUGGGGAGAGCAGAUAUAGUGAUUGCAGGGUCCAGGGAGAGCGGAUAUUGUGAAUGCAGGGUCCAGGGAGACCAGCUAUAAUGAAUGCGGGGUCCUGGGAGAGCAGAUAUAGUGAAUGCAGGGUCCGGGGAGACCAGAUAUAGUGAACGCAGGGUCCGGGGAGAGCGGAUAUAGUGAAUGCAGGGUCGGGGAGAGCGGAUAUAAUGAAUGCAGGGUCCGGGGAGACCAGAUAUAGUGAAUGCAGGGUCCAGGGAGACCGGAUAUAGUGAAUGCAGGGGGGAGCGGAUUUAGUGAGAGCAGAUAUAUAAUGGAUGCAGGGUCCUGGG